GCACCCCAAGCGCAAGCCCAAACAAAUCCCUUCAUUUAGGUUACCCUCUCUCUCCCACCAGCGGCACUAAGAGAGAACAGCUAAAGCUGCGUCGACAGGUCUCAGCAUCAGCAGAUGGAGGGAUCAGAUCUAACCCCAGAAGAAGAACGGCUUGUCAUCAGAGACAUCACGAUCGCUGCUCAAGCUCAAUCCAAAGAAGGAGAUCUCUUCUAUCUCAUCAGUCUCAGAUGGUGGCAACAUUGGGUUGAAUAUGUGAACCAAGACAUGUCAACUACCACAAAUGGUGGACCAUUUUAUGGCUCCGAUUAUCACGAAUCAGUUGGUUCGAGUCCUCCUAAGAGGCCUUCUGCUAUUGAUAAUUCUGAUUUAAUUUAUGAUGCGGCAUCUGAGGAUUCCAAUGCUGUGAUAGAGCUUCACGAUGCUCUAACAGAAGGGCGUGACUAUAUAUUGCUACCUCAAGAAGUUUGGAAGCAACUUUAUGCUUGGUAUGGAGGAGGUCCAACAGUGACUAGGAAAACGAUCAGUUCGGGUUUGUCACAGGCGGAGUUGUCUGUAGAGGUCUACCCUCUACGCCUUCAGCUACUUGUGAUGCCCAAAGGAGACCGGGAGGUUGUCAGAAUAAGCAAAAAGGAAACAGUUGGAGAGCUUCAUAGGAAGGCUUGCGAGGUUUUCGAUCUCAUCUUGGAGCAAGUUUGCAUUUGGGACUACUAUGGUCAUCAAAAAUAUGCUUUGAUGAACAACAUGGCUAAAACACUUGAGGAUGCAAAUAUACAAAUGGACCAGGAUAUUCUGGUGGAGGUGAUCAGUGAUAGUAACGGUACUGCAUUUGGCGGUUGCGUGAGCUCUGUUCAAGACAAUGGAUCUACAGAGAAGGAUUCAACUUCUGUUGUUGUAGAACCUUGUAGGUCAAGUAUAUCUACUGCAGGGGGGUUGUCCACCACCAAAGGUGUUACUCGGAGCUGCAGUUCGGAGUUAUCACAGAGCCAGAUCCUGACUUCCCCAAUUAGAGAUGUGGAUACAUCAUAUGGAACCAGUACAAUGGGUAUGAGGGGGGCUUCUGGAGGUCUAACUGGGUUGCUGAACCUCGGAAACACUUGUUUUAUGAAUAGUGCAAUUCAAUGCCUUGUACAUACACCAGAGUUUGCUAGAUACUUUCGGGAGGAUUACCAUCAAGAGAUAAACUGGCAGAAUCCCUUGGGAAUGGUUGGAGAGCUUGCUUUAGCUUUUGGGGAGCUGCUCAGAAAAUUAUGGGCUCCUGGACGAACACCCGUUGCUCCUCGACCCUUUAAAGCAAAACUUGCUCGUUUUGCACCCCAAUUUAGUGGGUACAAUCAACAUGACUCGCAGGAACUUUUGGCAUUUCUGUUAGAUGGACUUCAUGAAGACCUGAACCGUGUAAAAGAUAAACCUUACAUCAAGUCUAGAGAUGCAGAUGGUCGAUCUGAUGAAGAAGUUGCAGAUGAAUACUGGGCGAAUCACAUUGCUCGAAAUGAUUCAAUAAUUGUUGAUGUGUGCCAAGGUCAAUACAAGUCGACUCUGGUUUGUCCUGUGUGCGGGAAAGUCUCCGUGACUUUUGAUCCAUUCAUGUACCUCUCAUUGCCACUACAACCAGCCACUACUCGUGCAAUGACUGUUAUGGUCUUCAGUAGCGACGGGAGUGCAUUGCCAACGCCAUGCACUGUAUCGGUACCCAAAAAUGGUCGGUGCAAGGACUUGAUUCAAGCACUGAGCACUGCGUGCUCCUUGAAACACGGGGAGAAGCUCUCACUUGCAGAGAUACGCAACCACUUGAUUCAUCGGUUCUUGGAGGACCCAUUAAUCUCGUUAUCCACGAUAAAGGACGACGAUCACCUUGCUGCAUAUAGGCUUCCAAAGUUUGUGAAGAAUACAAUAUUCCUUCAGUUGAUACAUCGCCGAGAAGAAUUGGAAUCUAGUAAUGCCCACAGCGCAAUGAUCUGGAAACCGUAUGGGACGCCCCUUGUUGCUUCAAUCUCACGUGAUGAAGUUGUCACAAGAGGUGAUAUACAUUCAAUAGUUCGCACGAUGCUCUCCCCCAUGCUACAAGGUGAAACACUCCGGCCUUCUCAUCUCCCUGAAACUAGCAUGACAGCUGCACAAACCUCUCGAACAAUCAAUUCCAGUGAAGCACACGAAGGCAGUUCUAAAGUAGCAGUGGCUUCCAAACUGCCUCUACAGUUGGUUGAUGAAAACAAUGCCUGCAUUGAUCUGUUGACCGGAGAAGAGAAGAUAGUUAGACUACCAACAUCGUCAGCUGCAUCAAUUCUCGUGUUUAUUGACUGGUCAAAGAAGGUAUUGGAGAAGUAUGAUACCCAUUAUCUUGAGAAUCUGCCUGAGGUGUUCAAGUAUGGGCCUGCAACCAAAAAAGCACGAACGGAGCCUCUCUCAUUGUACACAUGCUUGGAAGCUUUCUUACGGGAGGAGCCACUGGUGCCAGAAGAUAUGUGGUACUGCCCAAAAUGCAAAGAGCGACGGCAAGCGAGCAAGAAGCUGGAUCUAUGGAGGCUUCCUGAAGUGCUGGUCAUUCACCUAAAGAGGUUCUCGUACAGCAGGUCAAUGAAGCAUAAACUGGAAACCUUUGUCAACUUCCCCAUUCAUGACUUUGACUUAACGAACUACGUGGCCCACAAGAAUGGAUCGCGACGGCAGCUUUAUGAACUCUAUGCCUUGAGCAACCACUAUGGCGGCAUGGGAAGUGGGCACUACACUGCACAUAUCAAGCUUCUGGAUGAAAACAGAUGGUAUAAUUUCGACGACAGUCAUAUCUCCCCCAUAAACGAGGAAGACGUGAAGUCGUCUGCUGCUUAUGUGCUCUUCUACAGGAGAGUUAAGGGUGCUGAUGUGUCCGUGAGUAACGGAGUUCAGUCACGUGCGGAUCAUGGCAACAUCCUGGGCCGAAAGUAGAAAGAUUUUUUCUCUGGCAUGCGUGCCUUCUAGAAAGAGAAGGGCAGGUGAGGAGUGCAGUAGUUUUUAUGUAAAAUGUAUGGGCUAUUGAAUGGUUUAAGGGUUAUUUUUAGAUGUUAUCUCCCAAAAAAUAUAAAAAGAAAAAAGAAAAGAAAAGAAAAGAAAAAAAUCCCUUUGAGAUCCCAGAUGUCCCCAUGUUUUAGAACAUUUGAAAGUCCUACAUUGGAUAUGAGAGAGAGAGAGAGAGAAAGAGAGCCCUCCAAUCCAAUCUAUGUAGCUUUUAUUAUGUCUAGAUGUAUAAUGUUAGCUACACAAUGCAAGAUUAGAGUCCUUGAUUACGAUGAAAAUUCACCUUGAUUGCGUGUUAAUCGAUCAGAAGCAACCGCAUCA